CACAUGAAACGUCAAUCCGAAGUGACAGUAUUUACAAUGUUGUUAUUGUGUACAAUUGUUUUAUAAUAAUUCAUUCUAUGACAAAUACCGUGUCCCUGGUGGUUGCUUUUUCGCUUUUAAUUAAUGAAGUACAUGUUCUAUUUGACUCUAGUAUCCUACAGAAUAAGUUUUUUACAUCGAAUCUAGUGUACCUGCUCAGUGUGUGUCUGAUCAUUCGAAAGUUUAAUCUGCUUCCGCAAGUGUUAUGGAAAAAAAGCGCGGCGGUGUGUUAUAUGUUAGAGAUUCCAAUAUCAAUGAUAAUACUCGAAGUUUUCCUCUUCUACCUUUGGAAGCACGUGCAAGACUACUUACUCUUCAACGCGGAUGGUAUCCUGGUACAUUUAGCUGAGGAGCGGGGGCUGGAGUGGCUGGUCUGCCAUUACUGCUGCGGACAAAGCAACUGCACAGCAAUAUUUGCUGACAUAGCUCUAAAAUUCUUGUCAUUCGCAAUGUUACUGGUCGUGUGUUUUUUUGUCAAGAGUAAAUGAAUUUUGUUUAUGAAACGGUGUA